AUGUCUGACUCGGGGAAAAUCACCAUCUCCAUUGAUCGUGGUGGCACAUUUACGGACGUCCAUGCCAUUCAACCUGGUCGUCCAGACAUCAUCCUGAAGCUUCUAUCUGUUGACCCUUCUCACUACCAGGAUGCCCCCACCGAGGGCAUCCGUCAGAUCCUAGAGUUGGCCACCGGGGAGUCACAUCCCCGAGGACAACCUUUGAAGCUUGACCGUAUUGGCUGUCUCCGCAUGGGAACGACCGUCGCAACCAAUGCUUUGCUUGAGCGGAAGGGUGCUCGUUCAGUACUCUUUACAACCAAAGGAUUCCGCGAUCUAUUGAAGAUUGGCGACCAAUCUCGCCCUGCCAUUUUUGAUCUAUCAAUGGCUCGUCCUGGUGUGCUUCCAGAGAGCGUUGUUGAGGUCAACGAACGCGUGUUGCCCUGUCAUCCUUCUGCCGACAGUGAUUGUUUCUCCGAUUCCCGGUUGGUAGAGGGAACCACCGGCGAGAAGUUCCGUGUGGUGCAAGAGUUGGACCUCGUCCAGGUUAAAGCAGAGCUUCAGCGACUGAAGGAGCAAGGAGUUCAAUCCCUCUCCGUGGCACUUGUGCACUCCUACGCAUAUCCCGAACAUGAGCGUCAAAUCGGCGAGAUCGCACAGGAUAUGGGAUUCUCCGUUACCCUUUCCUCCAGCCUUCAGCCCAUGAUCAAGAUCGUGCCCCGUGGCAUGUCUGCCGCAGCCGAUGCUUAUCUCACACCUGUGAUCAAGACAUACAUUGACUCUAUCUCUUCCAGCUUCGAAGGUGGCUUGGAGAGCCAGCAGGAUUGCCGAUUCGAGUUCAUGCAAUCCGAUGGUGGGCUGGUCGAUUUCCGCAAGUUCAGCGGACUGAAAGCAAUUCUGUCUGGUCCAGCGGCUGGCGUGGUUGGCUUUGCAGCCACCAGCUGGGACCCCACAGAGAAAAUCCCUGUCAUUGGGUUCGACAUGGGUGGUACCAGUACCGAUGUCUCCAGAUUUGAUGGCCACCUUGACCAUGUAUUUGCCUCCAAGGUUGCAGGCGUGAUGAUCCAAUCUCCACAGCUUGAUAUCAACACUGUCGCUGCUGGUGGCGGUUCCAUUCUCACUUGGCGUAACGGCUUGUUCUAUGUCGGCCCUGAGUCUGCAAGUGCCCAUCCGGGUCCGGCCUGCUAUCGCAAGGGUGGCCCCCUUACCGUGACAGACGCCAAUCUGUUCUUGGGCCGUCUUCUGCCGGAAUACUUCCCUAAGAUCUUUGGCCCGAACGAAGACGAAGCCUUGGACACAGAGACAACUGCACGCCUGUUCAAUGAACUCACGCAAAAGAUCAACAUCGAACGCCAACAGCAAGGUCAAGCAGAAUAUUCUCCAGAGGAUGUUGCGCUUGGUUUCCUUAAGGUUGCAGAUGAAUCAAUGUCCCGGCCAAUUCGCAAUCUCACGGAGGCUCGUGGUUUCGAGACUGCAUCUCAUCAUCUCGCAUGCUUCGGAGGUGCUGGCGGUCAGCACGCAUGCUCAGUGGCUGAAACUCUUGGGAUCUCACGUAUCAUCAUCCACAAGUAUUCUUCCGUUUUGUCGGCUUACGGUCUCGCUUUGGCGGAGGUUGUUAAGGAAUCACAGGAGCCUGUGUCAUCCGUCUACCUUUCAUCCCAAUCUGCUCUCCUCCAACAUCUUGACGACAUGGCAGCAUCAGCGACCAAGGACAUGGAAUCCCAGGGCUUCCCUUCCACUCAAGUCCGCCAUGACAAAUACUUGAACAUGCGCUACGAAGGUUCCGACACCAGCUUGAUGAUCCUGAAGCCCGAGGGCUCGUCAGACUUCUUGGAGGAAUUCCGUGUACGUCAUCGCCGGGAAUUCAACUUCAACUCUGAGCGACCGGUUCUCGUUGAUGAUGUUCGAGUGCGGACUAUUGCUUCUUCCAAAGUGCGAACUGAGCAAAGUCCCCUGGUCCAACUGAAAGAAGCCACUAUGCGAGAUGUCACGGCGGCUCCGGCAAACACUACCUCAGCCUAUUUCGAUGGCCAGUCGAGCCGCAUCGAUACCCCCGUCUACCUUCUGGGUGAAUUGGAGAAGAACUCCCGCAUUCAUGGUCCGGCUGUCAUCAUCGAUAAGACUCAGACGAUUGUCGUGGCUCCCAACGCGGUAGCCAACCUGCUUGACACCUGCAUUGUCAUUGAUCUCAAGGAUGAGCCAACUUCUUCUCCUGGAACCGCCCUGUCUUCAGAAAUCGAUCCUAUCCGACUCACUAUCUUUGGGCAUCGGUUUAUGUCUAUUGCUGAGCAGAUGGGUCGCACGCUGCAAAAGACUUCCGUUUCAACUAACAUCAAGGAGCGACUAGACUUCUCUUGUGCUCUUUUCUCCCCUGAUGGAGGUUUGGUGGCUAACGCGCCGCACGUUCCGGUUCAUCUUGGAUCGAUGCAAUUUGCUGUGCGAUAUCAGCAUCAGAAGUGGCUAGGGAACUUGAAGGACGGUGAUGUUCUGGUGGCCAACCACCCUAGUUGCGGAGGCACCCAUUUGCCUGAUAUCACAGUCAUCACACCCGUCUUUGACCGACCUGGUGGCUCUGAGAUCAUGUUCUACGUGGCCUCCCGUGGUCAUCACGCUGAUAUUGGCGGCAUCUUGCCUGGAUCAAUGCCUCCCAAAUCCACAGAACUGUGGCAAGAAGGUGCCGCUAUCGAAGGUGACAAGAUUGUGAGUGAUGGUGUUUUGGAUGAAGCACGCUUGAUUGAAUUGCUGGUCACGAACCCGGCGCAAUACCCCGGCUGUGCGGGAGCACGCUGCCUCAGCGACAACUUGUCGGAUCUCAAGGCACAAAUUGCUGCCAACACUCGGGGAAUCAGUCUGAUUCAAGCUCUUUUCAAUGAAUACGGAACCCAGACGGUGCAAAAGUACAUGUACGCUAUCCAGGCAACUGCCGAGUCUGCUGUACGCAAUCUUCUCAAGCAGCUAUACAAGAAGUUCAAUGGCCAGCCAUUGGAGUCGGUCGACUACAUGGAUGACGGUACCCCUAUUAGAUUGAAGGUUACUAUUGAUGACACCGAUGGAUCAGCUGUCUUCGACUUCGAAGGAACAGGCCCCGAGGUUUAUGGCAGCUGGAACGCCCCCAUUGCCAUUACUCACUCGGCCAUCAUCUAUUGUCUUCGUUGCAUGAUCAAUGCAGAUGUGCCACUGAACCAGGGAUGUCUGGCGCCAAUUGACAUCCGUGUUCCCUCAUCUACCAUUCUGUCGCCGAGCAAGACCGCUGCUGUGGUUGGCGGUAACGUCGUGACCUCCCAGCGCAUCACUGAUGUUGUGUUUAAAGCCUUCCAGGCUUGCGCCGCGUCUCAGGGCUGCUGCAACAACUUGACCUUCGGCACGGACGCCAAGCUUGACCCAUCCACCGGUGCCGUCAUCACUCCUGGAUUUGGAUACUAUGAGACCAUCGCUGGCGGCAGUGGUGCAGGUCCAACUUGGAAGGGCGAGUCUGGUGUACAUGUCCACAUGACCAACACCCGGAUCACCGAUCCAGAAAUCCUGGAAAAGCGCUAUCCGACGAUGCUCCGUCAAUUCACGCUCCGUGAAGGCUCUGGUGGCAAGGGCAAGAACCCCGGUGGUGAGGGUGUGAUCCGCGACAUUGAAUUCCUUUCACCGAUGCAAUGCUCAAUCCUGUCAGAGCGACGUGUCCACCGGCCUUACGGACUGGAGGGCGGCCAGGAUGCUCAAACUGGUUUGAAUCUGUGGGUUACGCGGGAUGCGGACACUGGCGAAGAGCGACGCAUCAACAUUGGCGGCAAGAACACUGUUUCUAUGAAGACACACGACCGGAUCGUGAUUAACACUGCCGGUGGUGGUGGCUGGGGCGCUGUGUAA